GCUCUCCCUAGAACAUGAAUGUGACAGUAAUGCAAAACGGCCGGCCAGGGGCAGUCCAUUAACCUCUGGGCCAGCCCAGUCCUGCACUUUGUACUGUCAGUGGGUUGUACCGCUGGAUUGUACUGCACUUCAACGUUCCUGGGAAAAGCAGCGCUAUGAUUUGUAUCUUGCUAGUGGCGGGACACGGCACACUGCUGGAGAGCCAUAUUAAGAAUGACCAGAGUGGUUUGUACAGUUUCUUGGAAGAUGUACCCAAAGCACUUUUGCCUGGUGUAGGUGGUAAGAAAAUUUUGGAUUUUUGGUGGAAAGCUGUAAAUACGAGGCAACUCUUCAGUGAAGUGUACCUGGUGACAAAUGCAGACAAGUAUAAGCACUAUGAACGCUGGGCAACCGCCAAUGAUUUUCCUGUAGAAAAUAUUAUUAAUGAUGGUACUACUACUUAUGAGACAAGACUUGGAGCAGUUGCAGAUCUUGAGCUUGCUAUCUCCAGCAAGAAAUUGAAUGACGACAUUAUGUUGAUUGCGGCAGACAUGUUGUGUGCUGAUCAGAAUUUUGACAUGGCCCAAGUGAUUAAAUUCUUUCAGUUAAAGGGUGGUGAGCUUGCAAUUUAUUAUGAGAUGGAGGAAAGCGAGAGUACAUCUUCAAGAGGAAUUGUUGAAGUUUGUCCAGACACACAUAGAAUCAAACACUUUUUUGAAAAACCUCAGCUUGGAGAAACUUCCUCAAGAUUGGCAAGUGUUGUCUUUUAUUGCUUUCAACAAGAGAGCUUACAUACACUGGAAACCUUUUUGAAUCAGUUCCCAGAUACAGCAGAUAGAGUUUUAGGAAAGUACAUGGAAUGGCUUAUAAACACUGCUAAAGUUCCAGUGUAUGGGAUGAAACUACCUACUGGCUUUCAGCUGAUCGGGCAAGUGGGGCUGCCUGAUUACACAAAGUGGCUAGCUCACUAUUCUACAUUAAAAAAUGAACCUAAAGUUAAAGCAAUCACUUGUCGAGCAUAUGCAAGAAUUGGAAUAAUUGGGAAUCCAUCUGAUGGCUACUUUGGAAAGACAAUUUCUAUGUCAAUUGCUAACUUUUGGGCUGAAGUUACCAUAUCUGAGAGCAAAAACCUGGUACUGGUUCCACAUCCAUUAAAUGAUCCAACUGAAUUUGGUAGCUUACUGGAUUUAUACUACAUAAGCAGAAAAGAAGGAUACUUGGGGGGCUUGAGAUUGUUGCAGGCCACAUGCAAGAAGUUUUAUCAGUUCUGUUCUGAAAAGGGGAUUGCCCUUUCUAAACAGAAUUUUACUUUAAAGUACAAUGUCAACAUUCCAAGGCAAGUGGGUUUGGCUGGAAGCAGUGCAAUUGUUUCUGCAACACUGAAGUGCCUCAUGAAAUUUUAUAAUUUAACUGAUGAUGAUAUGCCUAUAUCAGUAAGACCAAAUUUCAUUCUGGAUGUUGAAAAAGAAGAACUUUUUAUAACUGCUGGCCUGCAGGAUCGCGUCGUUCAGGUCUAUGAGGGUCUUGUGUAUAUGGAUUUUAACAGAUCUUUAAUGGAUGAACGGGGCUUUGGAAACUACGUGCCUAUGGAUAUUCAAUGUGCACCUCCAUUCUGGCUUGCUUACUUGAGAGAUCCAAGUGAUUCGGGAGUGAUUCAUAGCAAUGUCCGUCAGCGAUGGCUAAAUGGGGAUCCAGAUGUUAUUGAGGCAAUGAAGUUAUUUGCAGAACUGACAGAUAAAGCUAGAGACUCCAUGGAGCAGAAGAAUUGGCAUGAUUUAGCAGAAUUAAUGAAUAAAAACUUGGAAUUAAGGAGAUCUAUUUUUACAGAUGCAUGCUUAGGCCCAGGAAAUCUGAAAAUGAUUGAAAUUGCAAAACAGCAUGGUUCCGCUGUAAAGCUUCCUGGCAGUGGUGGGGCCAUUAUUGGAUUAUGUUUUGAUCUGAAAAAACUGAGUGAACUGAAGAAAGCAUAUCAAGAAGCAGGUUUUGUAUUCUGUCAGAUUGUUCCCUACUGCCCAGGAAACACAGGUGGACAGUAGUGAAGAAAAAAUUAUCUUCUGGCUCAUAAUCAGCAUCUUUAUUGCAUAUUUUACAGCAGUUUCCACUAGUGUUCCUUGCAAACAGCAAUUUCUUAGCAUUUCCUGCUGCUGCAGUGGAAGAGUUUUAAGUUGGUACCAGUUAAGAGACAUGGCACUGACAGAUAUGGUACGUCCGUUGCAAGGCUUUGUCCUUAUAAAAAUACCGUGUUUUUAAAUGUUUCAGUCUUUUCAGAAAGAAAAUACAAAUAAGAAAAACAACACUGUGUAAAUAAAAUAUACAUUUUUGCAUACAA